AUGUGCAGAGCAAAAUCGGAAGCGAAAGUUGACUGUAAGUGUAUAAUGGACGACGAGUUGCUGCUGCAGCUGAAUGAGACGGAGGACCUUGUGGAUGAUGAGUUCAUCUUCAAUGCGGAUGACGACCCUGCCGCGUCGACGGACAUCGACAGCGAAGACAUUUGGGAGAUUAUCUCCUCCUUCUUCCGCGAGAAGGGCCUCGUCCACCAGCAGAUCGACUCGUACAACGACUUCCUCCUCCGCAUCCCCCGCAUGGCCCGCGGUCUGCUGGAGGUGGUCCCCCGCCAGGACGAGCAGUUCGAGCCGGGCACGCGGGCAGACGGCGAGCCGGACCAGUACCGCCUCAGCCUCGAGGACGUCGUCGUUGGCAAUCCCGCACACGAGGCCGCAGGCUUCAGUCGACACGAACUCAACCCGCUCUUUCCAAACGAGUGUCGCCUGCGAGACUUGACAUACGACGCCAACGCGCAGGUAACACUCGGUAUACGUGUCUACCGCUCACGGGAGGAGCAGCCUUACCGCACCUUCUUGCAAAACAUGGAACUUGGUCGUAUCCCUAUCAUGCUAAAGUCUAUGCGAUGUAACCUGUAUAACAAGGAUGAGGAUGAACUCCCACGUCUUAAUGAGUGUCCACACGAUCAAGGAGGAUAUUUCGUUAUUAAUGGAACAGAAAAGGUACUUAUCGCCCAAGAACGACAGGCGGCUAAUCAUGUUUAUGCCUUUACUCGACCAAAAGGACUACUUUGUGAAAUCAAAUCUAUUGUGGAAGGUUCACUAAACAAGCCACGUACACUUCAAAUAUUAAUGCCUUACAAGAAGAAAGGACCAGGUCACGGCUAUGAAAACCUUCUCUGUCGUGUAGCACAAAUGGAUGAAUUGAUUCCACUUUUCGUUUUGUUUCGUGCACUUGAUAUGGGUUCUGAUAAGGAAAUUCUCCAAACGGUGGUACCUGAUUUAAAGGAUGCUGCUAUGCUGGAAAUGCUACGUGGUUCUAUGGAAGAUGCAAGUACUCUGCAGAUAUUUACACGUGAUGAAGCAUUGUGGUUUAUUGGUAAACGAUUGGGAAAGCAAGAUAGUCGUGAAAAUUUACAGCGUGAAGCUCAGGACUUGUUAAUGCGAGAUCUUUUACCACACAUGGGAGUUGACUGUGCUGCCGAUCGAAGUAAAUGUCUUUUUAUUGGAUAUAUGGUUCACCGUUUACUUUUACUGGCACUUGGUCGUAGAGAAGAUACAGAUCGUGACUUUCUUGGUCAUAAACGCAUUGAUGUGGCUGGUGCUCUCUUAACUUUUCAAUUAAAUCAAUUUCUUGUACAGGUAAGAAAAGAGAUGACUAAAACUGUACAUGAUUAUUCAACUAAUCGUGGAGGUGUUGUGAGUUUUGGAAGAAUUUUACACAGCCGUCUUAUCACAGAUGGACUGCGUCGAUGUCUUGCUACAGGUAACUUUGGUGACCUAAAGUCUGGCAAUAUAAAAACUGGUGUUGCCCAAACUCUUAAUCGCUUGACAUAUUCUUCUUCUUUAAGUAAUCUUCGUCGAAUUCAAAAUCCAAUUUCUGCUUCUAGCAAAGCUACAAGACCUCGUAACUUGCAUUGUACUCAAUGGGGUUACAUUUGUCCAGUUGAAACCCCAGAAGGAGGUUCUAUUGGACUUUUAAAGAAUUUAGCACUUAUGUGCCUUAUUUCACGUGGUAGUGAUCAUACAGGUGUUGUACAAGCAGUACAAGCUCGUAUUACUGGAUUUCACUCUAUUGAACUUGAUGACCUCGCUGAUGUACGAGUUGCUCGUGUUUUUGUGGAUGGAACCCUUAUUGGUGUUCAUCGUGACCCUGAACGUCUUUUACGUGAGUUACGUGCUCGUCGUCGAGGUGGAGAAUUGAGUAAUGAGGUAAGUAUUGUGCGAGAUAUUCGUGAUCGUGAAAUUCGUGUUUUUUCAGAUGCUGGUAGGUGUCUGCGUCCACUUUUUGUAGUGGAGAAGUCUCGUAUUAAAUUACAGAAAACUGGUAUUGGUGAGUUACUGGAACCAUCUAAGAUUCCUGGAGGAAAACGUGAGAUUUCUUGGAAUCGGGUAAUGAAAAAGGGUUAUGUUGAACUUAUUGAUUGUGAAGAGGAAGAUUCCUUGCUCAUUGCCAUGACAGCAAGUGAGGUAAGUAAAAACUAUUACUAUUCUCAUUGUGAAAUGGAUCCAUCAAUGAUUCUUGGAAUUUGUGCUUCUAUCAUUCCAUACCCUAAUCAUAAUCAGUCUCCACGUAAUACAUAUCAAUCCGCUAUGGGAAAACAAGCUAUGGGAAUUUAUGCAUCUAAUUUCAAUAUGCGUAUGGAUACUACAGCUCAUGUACUUUUUUAUCCACAAAAACCACUGGUACGUACAAAGGCAAUGUCAUAUAUGCGAAGUAAUGACCUUCCAGCAGGUCAUAACGCGGUUGUAGCCAUUGCUUGUUAUUCUGGAUAUAAUCAAGAAGACUCUAUUAUUAUGAGUCGCUCGGCAGUAGAGCGUGGUUUCUUCCGAAGCGCAUUUUGGCGUUCAUACAAGGCAUCUGAAGAACGAAAACGUGAUGGUCGUGAAAUAUUUGAAAAUCCUGACCGUAAUAUUUGUCGUGUAAAGCGUGCAGACUAUACUAAACUUGAUACAGAUGGUCUUAUUAAACCAGGAAUGCCUGUUAUGGGAGGAGAUAUUCUUGUCGGAAAAACGAUGCCUAUUCCAGAGGCAUCUAUAGAUAAUACUACUAUGACUAAUACAAGAAUUGUUAAGAGGGACUGCAGUGUGGCAUCACGAACAACAGAAAAGGGAGUGGUUGAUAAAGUUAUGCUUACAGAGAAUAAUGGUAAUCGUUUUACAAAGGUAAAAAUACGAACUAUAAAAAUUCCUAAUAUUGGUGAUAAAUUCUGCAGCCGUCAUGGUCAAAAAGGAACUAAUGGAAUUCAAUUUCGUCAAGAGGAUAUGCCUUUUAACCGUGAUGGUAUUGUUCCAGACUUGAUUAUUAAUCCUCAUGCUAUUCCAUCACGUAUGACGGUUGCGCACUUAAUAGAGACUCUGGCUGGAAAAGUGGCAUGCUAUAAGGGAAGUGAAGUAUAUGCAACUCCGUUUUGUUCUGUCGUUGUGGAAGACUUUGGAAAGGCUCUUCACCAGCUUAAGGGUCAGCGUUAUGCUAAUGAGUGUUUAUACAAUGGUCAUACAGGUUUACCUCUCGAUCAUCUCAUCUUUUUUGGUCCAACAUACUACCAACGACUUAAGCAUUUAUCUGGAGAUAAAAUUCACGCGCGUCCUCGAGGACCACUCCAACCUCUUGUACGUCAACCAACAGAAGGACGUGCUCACGAAGGUGGUCUUCGAUUUGGUGAAAUGGAACGUGAUUGUAUGCUCUCCUAUGGGGCAUCGCAGUGGCUUCGUGAGCGACUGUUUCGUGUGAGUGAUUACUACGCUGUUCACGUGUGCAAUAUUUGUGGAACAAUAUGUGCAGCUGAUACAGAACAGAAUAUGUACAAGUGCCAAGGAUGUGACAAUGACUCUCGCGUCUCUCAGGUUCUCAUGCCAUAUGCAUGCAAAUUGUUAUUUCAAGAGCUCAUGUCAAUGGCUAUUCUCCCACGCCUCGGAACUGGUCCACUCUAA